CCUUUAGCUUCAAAUGUCUAAAAAAAAUUCUCAAAUGUCAAAGAUAUGUCACUGUCGGUUAAAAAUUAUAAAAUAUCGGUUUUAUAUGAAUAAAUAAACGUUCUUCGUGUAAGAGUACGUAUAUAAUCGAUGUAGAAGAGAUAUGUAAAUAGCGACAUGUUCCUUUUAACGUUACUUGUCUUGAUAUUUUCUCCCUUUGGUGUCAUAACCUCAAAACCGGAUAAAUUCACCGAAGAACUUUUAAUAAAACCUCUAUACAGCGAUCAAUUGUACGUCCAUUUCCACUUUGCAACAAAGUGGGAUACGAAUCRGGAACAGGAGACAUUCAGACACACUCAUAUCUUUCCUCGUGCCCUCGGCGAAAUAAUCGAAAGGUACAAUGUACAGGAGCUCCACGUGUCAUUAACUGGAGGUUUGUGGCGAUAUGAAACUUGGGGUUAUCCGAUCUUAGACGCUGCACCUGGGGCUGAAGUAUGGGCUUGGUUUAAGGAGAAUACAGAAGAUGUAGACCAGAAUUGGAAGUUAUUGGCGAGUUCUUUGUCUGGUUUGUUGUGCGCGAGUUUGAAUUUUAUAGACAAAGCAAAUAGUAUUAGUCCUGAAUAUACUUUUAAACCUAAAGGGGUAUUUUCAGGCGCUAAUUUAAAUUCAUCAUUUGUUAGAUACUCGAGUCUCCCGCGUGAGAUUGUCUGUACUGAAAAUCUGACACCCUGGAAGAAGCUGUUACCUUGUGAAUCAAAAAGUGGCUUAGCGUCACUUCUAAACUCAGGUUAUAUUCACAACACGCGUUAUCAUUCAAUCGCUAUACAUAUGCGUCCGGUUUGUCGCGACAGUUCUUGCGAAGUCGCUUCUUUAGAGUUGCAACAAUCAGUAUCACUAGUUUAUGAUUAUUUAAUUUUGGGUACGAAAAACUGGUCAUUUAGGAAAAUAUUCGGUCAGGGAUUGAUGGGCCGGUGCCCUUUGGCCGAAAGUAGCACAAUAUUCGUGGAUACCACCAGUAAUUCUAGUGUUCCAUUUCAAUUAUCCCCAAGUCCUGACGAUUACGUGACAUCAAUUCGCGGAGGCCAUGUCAACACUUUUGCUAAAUACGUCGUGAAGCCGUACGCGAUGAGUCUUAACGCGAAUUUUUUAGGCAAAGAAAGUGUAUUACUAAACUCGCCCCCGUCUCUCCACGCCAAUCAAUACAUCACGGGCUAUGGCCAGGAGAGAGGAGGAAUUGUCACGAAAAUUUAUAACAACCAUUGGAGCAARUUGGACGUGGUGGUCCUCCAGAACAUUCCAUGGUACGUCCCUAUAUACCUCCACACGUUAAAAAUCGAAGUUGACGGGGUCAAAACCGAACCGUUGAAACUUCGGUACAUUCCCGGUCGACAGAGGGAGCGUCCUUACCACCUCGAGAUCUUGCUAAAGUUGCCGGCGCGUUCCGUAACGUCAGUUUCCGUUGAUUUCGAUUACGUAUUUUUAAAGUGGCAGGAGUAUCCCCCCGACGCCAACCACGGGUUUUACAUUGGCUCAGCUAUUGUUUCGGCUAACUUACCCUUAGCGAGGAAUUUUACCGGCUUGCCACAAGACGCCUCAACGAUAGCUGAUAGUUUCAACGCGUCGAGGAGUGGUUACUUGGUGCAAGUUCGCACGGAAAAUAUGGUGAUCACACUACCGACGCCCGAUUUUAGUAUGCCUUAUAACGUAAUUUGCUUAGCGUGCACUGUAGUUGCUUUAGCGUUCGGACCGUUGCAUAACAUCACGACGAAAAGACUUGUCUUGACGGUCAAAGACAAUGAGAAACUUAUCGUCAAGAUUAAAAAUAAAAUCAUGAAGGUUUUUACCGAAAGGAGAGGAAGUGAAGAGAAACAAAGUGUUCAGUAAUUGUGAAUUUUUAUUAGUGUAUUUUUUUUCACAUCCAAAGACUAGUUUUUAUAAAAAUAAACAAAAAAAGUG